UACCAGCUCUAUUACAUUGCACGAUUUUUCUUGCAUUUUGCGACAAAAAUCACAAAACAUUUUCUUUCAAUGGCGCCGUUUAAACGGGUACGCCAGCCAAAAAUAACAACACAAGCGUUGCUCGACUUUGAUUUGGGUGAAAGCUCAUCGGAUAGUGAUUUUUUGCCCGACAUAGACAAUUGUUCGGAUGGAUCAAAGGACGAAAGCGACGGCGAUGGCGACAGCAGCGACGCCAGCAGCAGCAGCGAUAACAGCGACAGCGAUGCAGACGGCAAUUCUGGCGAUGACAGCGAUGAUUCUACGCUGCAGUUGCGCCAGCUGCUAGCUGAGAGCAACAACAAUGCUCAGGAGGAGGCAACAACGCAAGCUGCAGCUGCAGCUGCUACACCCGCUCAGCUCGCCUUAGUACCGGUGCCUCGUAUAAAUGGCUUCAAUUUGGAGCCACUGGCGCCGCCAAAGCGUAUGUGCUGUGUGUGUCUGGGCGAGCGUAGUGAUGAUGUCAACGAGAUAGUCGAAUGUGAUUCUUGUGGCGUCUCUGUCCAUGAGGGCUGUUACGGCGUUAGCGACAAUGUGAGCAUAUCUAGUACGAAUUCCACCUGCUCCACCGAGCCUUGGUUCUGUGAGGCUUGUCGCGCCGGUGUCACGGAGCCAGAUUGUGAGCUCUGCCCCAACAAGGGCGGCAUAUACAAGGAAACAGAUGUGGGAAAAUGGGUGCAUUUAAUAUGUGCUUUAUAUGUGCCGGGCGUGGCUUUUGGUGAGGUGGAACAACUCAGCUCGGUGACACUGUUUGAGAUGCAGUAUAGCAAAUGGGGCGCGAAGCUGUGCUCACUGUGCGACAAUGCGCUCUUUGCACGCACCGGCGUCUGUAUUGGCUGCGAUGCGGGCAUGUGCAAAACCUAUUUCCAUGUCACGUGCGCACAGGUCGCUGGUUAUCUUAUCGAGGCGCAUCAUGAGGACGACGCAGCAGAUCCAUUUUAUGCUCACUGUAAGGUGCACUCGGAGAAGGAGAUGAUCAAGAAACGUCGACGCAAUUAUCACACACUGCGCUUAAAUAUGCUGCAGCAGGCCAAGCAGCGAGCUUUGAUCGAAGCUAAUCAACAGUUGAUUGAUGCUAAUCCAAAUCCGGCACAGGCGCGCAUACAACGCAAGCUACUCAAGAUACAACACAAAUAUGCUCAGCACAAGCAAAUGAAGCCAACGCCGUGGGUUCCCACGCAAAAGAUGUCACGUCUGCUAACCAGUUCCGCUUCGGCCUGUCGUCGUCUGCUGGCCAAGGCAGAGUUCAUGGCCGUGGAUGUGCAGCACUUGGAACAGCGAGAGGCGCAUAUACAAGCGCUCCAGGACAUACGCAAAAAGUGGCAUAUAGCUCCAGCUUUUAGUGUUGAAUUCACUGCUUACUAUAUGGAUCGUAUUGUGCGUAUGUCGGAGUUCAAGCAACAGCAACAGCAGCUCGUACAGCACAACUCUGCGUUAAGUCAGGCGCAGGAUGUGCUGCGCGCCAAGUAUGAUAAUGCACUGGAGGAGCGAAAGCAGGUGAAGGCUACGCGUGAUGCUUUGGUUGCUUCCAUCAAAUCGCUACACAAUAGCUUGACGCAACUUUGUCCUUCUUUGAGUUUGCCACUUGUAGAGCUAAUCGCACGCCCGUUGCCGGAGCAAGUGCCCAAAGUAGCGACUCCUCCACAGCGACCCAUUUCAGUGCCCACAGCGGCAGCUCUAAAAAUGGGCGUUGGUUUUCCACUCGCCCAUUUGGGAAAUAAGCUGGACAACUCCCGCAUGCUGAGUACCCAACAAUCGCAGAUCAAUUCCACUAAGGCAUCCACCAUAGCACCAGCUGUUAGUUGCGGCAUCUGUAAGCGUAAUAAUGAUCAGCAUUUGCUUGUGAAGUGCGACACUUGCAAUCUGCACUAUCAUUUGGGCUGCUUGAAUCCACCGCUAACGCGUCCGCCGAAGAAAUCAAAACAGUAUGGCUGGCAGUGCUCCGAAUGUUGUGACAAAUCGGAUGUAUCCGAUGCGGUUACCGAAAUCUCACCAGGUCCUCGAAAAUCACGCACGCGCUUCAACAAAGACGGGCAUUUGGUUUAUGUGGAUCGAUACUCACUAGAUGAUAUGCCCAAAGAGGUGCAUCAGCAUCAAAAGCGUGCACUUAACAAAACGAUGCCUGCUGCCAUUGAAGCUGGCGAGGAUUUGAGCAAGUCGCCAAAGCGCGCCAAGAUGCAGUCGCCAAGGAAGACCCCCGUCAAUGUUCAAACAGUCGCCCAUAUAGACCUAACAAUUCCACAAGCUGCAGGCAUCUCUCAUUUGUCUGGCUGUGAGGAUUCCAUUGACGAUUCCAUUAGCAAACAAUCUUCGCGAAAGGGCAAGCGCAAGGAUAAGCAUAAAAACAAGCACAAUUUGUCAUCGGAUACCGAGAAAUCUUUCACAAAGGAGCACAAGCGUAAGCGUAAAAAGCGUGCGCAUGCGGAUGAGAGUACGCCAGAUAAUGCCAACUCCGGGCGACCUAUUAAAAUCAUAUUUAAAACGCUGCGCUUGCCUGGCGAAGAUGCGCCAGAGUCGCGCAGCUUCUAUGUGCCCGCCAAUGCAGUGCGUUCUGUGGACGAGGCAUCGCGUCCCACCUCCGUGGAAACAGUUGAGGAUGUCAUUCAACCAGAGCAACCAGCUGCGCCUCUCGUAGUGGUGUCCACCGUUAUUGCACCACAAAAAGUCGUUAAGGAGUCGAAGCUGACACCAGAGACUCCCUCACCACAGCGCAAGGUCAGUCCUCGGAAGUCGACCCCGCGCAAGCAGCGGGUGGGCAGACCACGCGUAUCUACUCCCAAGGCCAAUGUUGAGAUCAACUGCUGCAUCUGCACGCAAGCAGCUAAAGCCAAUCAGGUUGUGACUUGUGAUGAAUGCCAUAAACAUUACCAUUUCGCCUGCCUCGAUCCGCCACUGAAGAAAUCACCGAAAAUACGCGGAUACUCCUGGCACUGUGCCGACUGUGAUCCCACGGACGAGGAAGCACUGCCCAAAAAAUAGUUUUAUUCUCUCUUAACUAAUUCACUUUUAAGCAUACGACAUAAUAUAAUAUAACUAAUUAUAAGCUCUCUUUUACCCGAUGCACAAGUAUUUUAAAAUGUUUUCAACUUAUCUAUAGGCUUUGUCUCAUGGCUACGAAGCGUUUAUU